AUCACUACGAUGUUCAAAGCUAAAAUACUACUAAUCGGUCCAAAUGAGAGUGGGAAAACCGUCCUAGCAAAUUUUCUCUCGGACGCAACAGAAAAUGUGGGAGGUGAAUACAGACCAACUCAAGCAGUCAGGAUACUAGAAUAUGAAUCACAACUGGAUGGCUGUGGUGACGUGAAAUCAUGUGAGGUUGAGCUCUGGGACUGCUCCGGCGACUUCAAGUUUGAGUCAUGCUGGCCUGCCCUCAUGAAGGACUGCAGCGGUGUUGUCAUUGUUUUUAAUCCCGACAUUCCCAGUCAAUUGAAAGAAAUCGAGACCUGGCAUUCGAUGUUCAUUGCCUCACAAAGCUUGCAGGACAGCCAGUGUCUACUCAUUGCGCAUCAUAAACCUGGCAGCGCAAUGGAGGAAGGCCGACUUUCUUUAGCUUCGCAGCUAAACAGAUUUACACUUAUCCAUUCUGAAAUGGAGGAAGAGCCUGAGGACCUGAGGAGAGCUUUCUGCAGAUACUUGGGAAAAGUUGUAAAUACACUUUCGGAAAGCCGGGAGCAAGAGGAGAUGUCCAUCAUCACGUAG